AUGACUGCCGCUGAAGUGACAGUUCCAAGUGCAGAACUUUUUCAGAGUGAUAAUAAUAUGAACCAUAAUUUAGUGUUUGAUGUUGCCGGUCCCCAAUUUCAAAAUAUGGCUUCAGAUGCUCCUUCUCCGGAUAUUGCAUUUGAGAAUAUGGAAGAACCACCCAAUCCAAAUGCACAAAAAUUUUAUGACAUGUUAAAUGCUGCUGAAGAGGAAUUGUGCCCUGGUUGUGAAAGACAUUCGCAAUUAUCAGCUGUAGCUUGUAUGUUAAAUAUUAAGUCAGAGCAUCAUUUGUCUGAGAAAUGCUACGAUGCAAUUGUGAAUUUCAUUAGGGAAAUAUUACCCGAUGAUAAUCAAUUUAUUGACAGUUUCUAUAAGACAAAGAAACUUAUACGUGGGUUAGGUCUACCAAUUGAGAAAAUUGAUUGUUGCAAGCUUGGUUGCAUGAUUUAUUGGGGGGAAGAUAUCAAUUUAACAAAAUGCAAAUUUUGUGGGCAGACAAGAUACAAGUCUCAAAGUGGGACAGAGAAGGAAAGAGUACCAAGUAAGAGAACGUAUUAUUUUCCUCUGACACCAAGGCUUCAGAGACUUUAUGCUUCUGAGGCAACAGCUGCACACAUGCGAUGGCAUGAUGAGCAUAACAUGGAAGACGAUGUCAUGUGUCAUCCAUCUGAUUCUGAGGCAUGGAAGCACUUUAACCGUACCCAUUCACUGUUUGCAAGUGAAAGUCAAAAUGUUAGACUUCUGUGUACUGAUGUAAUAAUACUUGGACCGCAAAAUCCCAAGCAACGAUUAGAUGUUUAUUUGCAACCACUAAUUACUGAAUUAACUCAGUUGUGGGAAGUGGGGGUGCAGACGUAUGAUGUAUCUAAGAAGCAAAAUUUCCAAAUGAGGGCUGCUUUGAUGUGGACAAUUAGUGAUUUUCCUGCAUAUUCAAUGCUCUCCGGGUGGAGCACUGCAGGGAGAUUAGCAUGUCCAUACUGCAUGGAUCACUCAGAUGCAUUUUCACUGAGUCAUGGAGGGAAAAUUAGUUGGUUUGACAAUCAUCGUAAGUUUCUUCCAGAUAACCAUCCAUUUAGACGGAAUAGGGUAAAUUUCCUUAAAGGAAAAGUAUGCAUGUCUGAGUCUCCUCCAAUUUUAAGCAGUGAAGACACUUUUUUGCAAAUAAAAGAUUUAGGACUGAGGAGAGUAAUAGAUAGUGAUGGUGAAGCGGUUAAUUCAGUGAUAGCUAGAAACACUAGUUGGCGAAAAAAGAGCAUAUUUUGGAAUUUACCAUAUUGGUCUUCUAAUCUCAUACAUCAUAAUUUAGAUGUCAUGCAUAUCAAGAAAAAUGUCUUUGAGAAUACAUUCAAUACAGUGAUGAAUAUAGAAGGAAAAACGAAGGAUAAUGCAAAAGCUAGGGAAGAUGUGGCACAUUUAUGUCGUAAAAAAGAAUUGGAGAGAAAUUUGCAAACGGAUAAAUAUCCAAAGGCAUGUUAUGUUCUUGAUAAACAGCAGAAGCAAGUUUUAUGUGAGUGGGUGAAAAACCUUAAGUUUCCAGAUGGUUAUGUGUCUAACAUGGGAAGGUGCAUUGAUAUGCAUAAGUACAAGCUUUUUGGCAUGAAAAGUCACGAUUGUCAUGUAUUUAUGCAGAGGUUAUUACCCAUUGCAUUUCGUGAGCUCCUUCCAAAUACAGUUUGGCAACCAUUGACCGAGUUGAGCUUUUUUUUCAAACAUCUUACUUCUACAAAUAUUAAGGUUCAAGAUAUGGAGCAUUUGGAAUUAGAAAUUCCCAUUAUUAUUUGCAAAUUAGAGCGCAUAUUUCCUCUUGCCUUCUUUGACUCAAUGGAGCAUCUUCCCAUCCAUUUUCCAUAUGAAGCAAAAAUUGCAGGCCCAGUACAAUAUUGA